GAAGGAGGAAAAGGGUCAAAGUUGAAAGAAUUUUGAAUUCAAAACAGAUAAUACUUUUACAGAGAAGCCGACAAAAUUCUCUUCCCACUGCCUUUCCCCACAUGCAUUAUUGUUCUUCACAACUUUCACACACACAUUUGUAUAAAUAAAUGCAAACAGAGAUGCUAACUUUGUCCUGAAAAACCUAGCUCUCUCACUGUCUUGCUGUCCGAAAAUGGCGUUGAAAGUAGUUUUCUUGAUUUCUCUGUGCUUUCUACACGCUGCCGCUGCUCUUGCGCCGCCCACUCCUAUUGAUGGGCUACUUCCAAAUGGCAACUUUGAAGAGCAACCCAACCCCAAACACCUUAACAAGACGAAGCUGGUGGGCCCGCACGCCCUUCCCAAGUGGGCCAAACACGGCCUUGUGGAGUACAUCUCGGGCGGGCCCCAGCCCGGAGGCAUGUACUUCCACGUGCGCCAUGGGGUCCACGCGGUCCGCCUGGGCAACGAGGCCUCCAUCUCGCAAACAGUCCUCGUGCGCGCAGGCUCACUCUACGCACUCACGUUCGGGGCCUCGAGGACUUGCGCACAGGAUGAGGUGCUCCGCAUUACGGUGGGGUCUCAGGCAGGGGAUCUCCCCCUCCAGACCCUCUACAGCAGCGACGGAGGGGACACCUACGCCUGGGGUUUCAGGGCGGCCUCGAAUGCGGUGAACGUCACUUUCCACAACCCGGGCGUGCAGGAAGACCCUGCCUGUGGGCCCCUUUUGGAUGCCGUUGCCAUCAAGGAGCUUUUCCCACCCAAGUCCACCCCAGGUUUUGGUGACACUCAUGGAGCCAUCCUCCUUGACACGGUGGAUGGUACUCUUGUCUUGAUAGAAUUUAUGAGCCAACUCCGGAACAUGGCUUUAACUUGUGACUCAUUGAUUUACUCAAAACUCCAUUCCGAGAUCUGUAACAACCUAGUCAAGAAUGGAGAUUUCGAGGAGGGCCCACACCUUCUCAACAACUCGGUCAACGGCAUCCUCCUCCCACCAAAGCAAAAGGACUUGAACUCCCCCCUCCCAGGGUGGAUAAUCGAGUCUCUCAAGGCCGUCAAAUUCAUCGACUCCGCAAAUUUCAACGUCCCCUCUGGAAAAGCUGCCGUGGAGCUCGUGGCCGGGAGAGAGAGCGCCAUUGCCCAAGUUAUUCGCACCGUGCCAAACAAGCCCUACAAUCUCACCUUCAUUGUGGGUGACGCCAAGAAUGGGUGCCACGGCUCAAUGUUGGUCGAGGCUUUUGCCGCCAAAGACACCCUCAAGGCCCCUUUCCAGUCCAAUGGGAAAGGUGAGUCACGGGCCUACUCGUUUGUGUUCAAGGCUAUCUCGGCCCGCACGAGGUUGACUUUCUAUAGCUCUUUCUACCACACCAAGGUGCAUGAUUUUGGGGGAUUGUGUGGCCCAGUGCUCGAUAAAGUCCGGGUUUUUCCCAUCAAGGCUUGAGGAGUUGGCAACGUGUGGUAAUUUAAUUUCUACGCAUGGUUUUAGUGUGCGUGAUUAUUGAACAGCCUGGACUCGUUUUGGAGGCUUUUCCGCAAAUAUGGGAUUUUUCGUCGGGUUUUUUGUUGCUUAGUUGAAAUGAGUUGAUCAGCCAGCCACUGCAGGGAUAUUAUUAUUACUACACCAUGUGUUUUGUACCAUUAUGGUGACCUAUUAUGAAACGAGUUUCCGAGUGCUUAAAAUAACCAUUUUGCUAAAAUUGUAGCGUGUAUGGCUAUUGCUUAGAAUGUGUUUGGUUGAUUUUCUUGAAUUGACGUGAUUAAUUCCCAAAAAUGGAUAUAAAACACAUCACUAACAAGGAUCUAAUAAAG